AUGGACGUGCCCAGGAUGGCCGAGGGCCUCUUCAGCAGCACGCUGUCGUCGUCGGGCGGCGGACAACACGCGGCGUCCUACCUGACGCUGGAGCAGAAGGCGGCCUUCAUCUUCGUGCUGCUGCUCUUCAUCUUCCUGGCGCUCCUCAUCGUGCGCUGCUUCCGCAUCCUGCUGGACCCCUACCGCAGCAUGCCCUCAUCCAACUGGACUGACCACACCGAGAAGGACACCUUCGACUAUCGCAUCGUCUAAGCCGGGGCGUUCUCAAAUUUUCGGGGUCCAGGGGCGAAAUUCUUCCAAAUCCCAACUACACCCGACUAUCAUGUAUGGCCCGAAAAGCCAGGAAAUUUACCGUAAGUAAUGAAUCAGUUUAUCACGGGGGAUAUGUUCCAGAAUCACCCGCAGUAGAUAAAAAUCCACAAUAUAUGAAGACCAUAUUUUAAAAAACAAACAAACAAAAACAUUUUUUAGAAACUUUUACCCUCUCCCACAUGCUUUAAACACACAUAAUGUCGAUCUACUGUUGAUUUUUUAAAAAUUGUUAUGGUACGAUUAAAUAUAUUUUUAUUUCAUGGGGGGGGGAAAGGGGCAGUGUGAUGAGAAUAUAUUUUUGAGGGGAGGUUUGGAAUAAAAUUAAUUGUACGAGUCAAAGUCUAAUGAGACGUGAUUUUACAGGAAUUCUGUCAGAUUUUUACGAUAUGUAAAAAGUCGCAAUUUGGAAUGAGGUCGCAGAUUGGUAAAAAAAAAUCGUAAUCAUUCUGGAUUUAAGUCUGAUUUUGUCAGGAUUCAAUGUUAAAAUCGUAAGAAAAUACAGUCAGAUUUUUGGGGAUACAAAUUUGUAAUCUUAUGAGGUUUAAAUCAGAUUUGAACAGGAUAAUAAGUGACACUUUUGCGUUAAGCAA